AUGGCUUUCGCGCGCCGCUCUGCUCUGCGGGCUACAAUUGCCGCUCACUCUUUCUAUGCUGCCCCAGUAGCUCGGCGCACGACUCAAUUGCUCAGCCGUCGAUUUUAUGCUAGCGGAAAGGGCCACGAUCAGCACAAGACCAGCGAUUUGCCAUGGCUCUUAGGAUCAGUUGGCGUGACGGGCCCGAUGGUCUUCUACCUUCUUAAGUCAGGCCCUGAGAAGCAGCCGCACGGUGACGGCCACGGAGAUGAACAUGGUGCCGAUCAUGCUGAGGACACCGAACACGCUGAGCAAACAGAGGAGAAUCAGGGUUCUGAUCAGGCGGAAGAGAAAAAACAGCCCGCCGAUCAAGCAUCUGAUGAAGACCAGCCAGCUGAGAAGUCGGAGGAUUCAGACAAACCCCAAGAGCAGGGCAAAGGUACUCCAGCCCCCAAAGGAAAGAACGACGAAAAGAAGAGUGAGAAGGCUACCGGGGAGGACUCCGGAGCUGCGGAGCCAAAGAAGGAUAAAUCUGCAAAGUCGGCUAGCGACGAGGCCCCCAAGGAUAAGAAAGAUGACACUAAUCCCGACACCACGAACACCGAGUCCAAGGGCAAGACCGACACUGAUGAAAAGAAAGAGUCCACUUCUUCUUAG